GAUAAGGGAGAGGUCCAGCACAUUACAAGAAACAGUGUUUGAAUUGAGUAGCCACACUUUUAGGCUUUUUCUUCUUAUUACUUAUUAGUACUACUCCACUCCACUUUACUUGUCUCUUUCUCUUCUUCUUCUUCUUCUUCUUCAGCAAUGAGGUGGAGUCUAGUGGCAGUGUUCCUCCUUAACACACUUCUCUUGCGUGUCGCAAUGUCAGAUCAACACCUAAAAGCUACGUCUCGCGAGCAGAUCCAGUGUAUGCAGUGCUCCACCUGCAACAACCCAUGCAACCAACCUCAUUCACCGCCUCCACCCUCGCCGCCGCCACCUGCCUCCACCAACAACUGCCCUCCCCCUCCUUCCUCCGCCGGCACUUAUUACUACUACCCUCCUCCGCCACCUGCUCAGUAUGUGUACUCAUCACCGCCUCCUCCGGCGUCUUCUGGAGGUGGAGGCGGAGGCGGAGGCGGCGGAAUCUACUACUAUCCUCCGCCCAGCAACAGAAACUACCCGAUGCCCCCGCCGCCGAACCCAAUUGUACCGUAUUUUCCUUUCUACUACUACAACCCUCCGGCGGCGUCAACUUCUACGGCGGCACCUCGGAGGGGAUCGUGGUCGGUAUUGGCGGGUAGUUUGUGUUGGGGUGUGGUGAUGUUAUUGGUCUGAUAAAAAGGGAAGAAAAAUGGUGGAAAUAAUAAUGCAGAUAUUUGCAAGGUUAUGAAAGUUGGCAUAAAAAUGAGGGAUCGGAGUUGAAAAUUGCAAGUUGGAAGCAGCUGAAAUUCCCAAUUUGCCCUUCUCUGAACCCAUGACAUCAUCAGGUGCUCCUCGCUGUAAUCAUGCUUCUUUCUUUCUUUGCCGAAUUUCUAAUUGCAAUAUUAUGUAUGUACAAUAUGAUUGAGCUGCAAUUUGUUCACAAUUUUCAUGUAGUGAAUUAGUAAUAGUAUCACAUGUCUUUGAUGUCUCUAGUCUCAAGUAAUUAAUGAUAAUAAAUCAGAGAAGAGGAUAGCGAUUUGAUUCCAA